CUCCCUAAGCUCUCUCUCACUCUCUCUAUUCCUCUUUCCCCCUUCUUCUCUCUUUUUCUUUUUUCCUUCUCCUAUACGGAUUGCAGAGGUUGUCUAGACUGGAAGUGCGCUGCUUCUGUGGUGAUCUUGCAGCCAUAACUAGGAACCGUUUGUUUCCCCUAUUAGUUCGAAUAGCAAAUGUGAACAGUGGAAUAGAGAACAAAAGAUAAUAUCUGGAGCAAUGGACGGGAUGCACUGGUCGACGGUCAAGAGAAGCGAUCAUGUCAACUUGAUUCAGAAGCGGUUUGAACCGAACAGGUCGUCGGCGGCGGCAGGGUGGCAGACGGUUAGGAUCUUUUGUGACGACUACGAGGCCACCGACUCUUCCGGUGACGAAGAAGAGGGCUGUUACUUCCGCCGCCGUGUGAAGCGCUACGUCCAGGAGAUCAGGUUCCAGGACCAUUCCGCCAGAGGCGCUGCCGGUGCCGCUUCCACUGGCGACAAGGGGAAAAGCGUGAAGGCAGGUGGAAAGAAGAAGAAACCGCCAGCAGCAGCCGCUGCCGGCAGACCGGGCUCGCCGGCGGCCCGGAAGUUCCGUGGCGUUCGCCGGCGGCCGUGGGGGAAGUAUGCCGCGGAGAUCCGCGACCCAUGGCGUCGCGUCCGUGUGUGGCUCGGCACGUACAACACCGCCGAGGAGGCUGCCAAGGUCUACGACUCCGCCGCCAUCCAGCUCCGCGGCCCAGACGCCACCACCAAUUUCUCCACCCGCCCGGUCUCCGCCGCCCCGGCCCAACCUCCUCCUCCGCCGAGGAACCUCUCCGAUGGCAACCUCCCCUCCAUCUCCGGCGGUUACGAUUCCGGCGAUGAGUCCCACAACCUCUCCUCCCCCACCUCUGUCCUUCGUGGGUUCUCUUCCUCCGCCGAGGUGGAGGAGCCACAGGAUCGGCAGAAAACGCCGACCAACGUGUCGGACGAGAAGGGCGGUUUGGUCACCGCCGGUGUGGGCUUGCCGGACGAGUUUCAGGACUUUAUGCCUUUCGAGAAGGUGCCGCUGUACAACGACUUUCUCGACUUCAGCUUGUCGGAGCCGAGGAUUUUCGAGGAUACGACGCAGAUCAACUUCUUUGCCAACAACUUGAGUGAUGUGAUGCUCAGUUCUGAUGUAAAACUGGGCCUAUCACCAUUACAGGGAGACGAUUUCUUUCAAGACAUCGGCGAUUUAUUCCCGAUCGACCCUCUUUCUGCCAUUUAGAAAAUUCUAGUAGUGGAAGGGCAAGGGGGAUUAUUGUUGGCCUUUUGUCUGCCGGAUGCCGAUUAAUCGGCCAAUUUUGUAAUGCAGGGAGAGGAAGUGAUGUUUUUUUUAAUUUAUUUUGUUUUUUAUUUUUUUAAAGAUCGAAUGGAAAUGAAAUUUCUUGAAUAAACGGUAAAUAAAUUUUGCAUCACAAAUUAAAGAAUA